AUGGGUUCUAAAGGAAGUGUCCUGACAGCAGGGAAUGGGACACAACGGAAGGAUUAUUGUGUCCAUUUCAGCUCAGAGUGGGUGCACUUGCCACGUGAGCUGAGACAGGCCCCUCUGCUGCCGCUUCAAGACUAUACUGAUUCUGCCUUCGGUUCUCCACAUUCCCACCUAGCCCCUAGGGCAUUCAGAAAGGUGGUCCCAGCAGUGGUGUGGGGCAACUGCAGCUUCUGUGAGAAAGGGAGACUGGCCCAGCUGCACGGGGCCCAGGGUUUACUGGUAUUUGGAAGAGAGAGACUCGACUCUUUCUGCUCAGGAGGCAGCAGUAGGAGCUUCAUUGCCAUCCCCAUGGCUGUGCUCCAUUACUCUGAUAUGCUGGAUAUCAGGGGCAAGAAAUUCAGUGAGCCCCCACUCAGGGCUGCCAUGUACCUCCCCACAAGGCCCAGCCAAGACUACAGCAUGGCAAUCCUUUUCAUCUCGGCAGUGGGCACCGUCAUGAUUGGUGGCUACUGGGCAGGGCUUGCGGUAUCAGCAAAACCUCAGCCCACAGAGCACCAGGAUGAAGAGGGCGAGGAAUACAGUGACAAAGCGGUUGACUGCACCCUCACCAUGAUCUGUGUUGCCAUGGCAACAUCCUCCUCGCUGCUACGCCUUCUCUAUUGCUUCCACAACCGCUUUGUGUGUGUCGUGAUUGGGAUAUUAUACUGCAUUUCCUCCAAAGCUCUCUGCAGUUGCCCCUCUCCUUUUGUGAGAAGAAUCCCACUUGGAGAAUGCAUGAUCCACUUUCCCUGUUUACACAAGAGCACACAAGUUCGGAUGUUGCUCCUGAAAGCACCUUGCAGCUCCGUCACUCUGCUCUGGUGGGUUUUCCGAAAUGAGGACUGGUGGGCAUGGAUCCUACAAGAUGCUGUAGGUGUGGCCCACUGCCUGUUCAUGAUCGAAUCCAUUCACGUGCCUACUAUGAAGAAUUGCACCUUUUAUGUAUUGGCUUUUCUGGUGGCUGAUGUGCUUUACAUAUUCAUCUCUCCUUUCCUAGCCCAGUCUAGGGGGAGUAUUAUGGAGGUAGCAGCUCUCCGACCCUCAGACUCUUCCAUAACUGAAAAGAUGCCUUUGGUACUGAAGGUUCUGAAUUUAAACUCCUCUCCAUUGGAUCUCUGUGGCAAGGCAUGCAAGAUCCUAGGAUUAGAGGAUAUCCUCAUUCCAGGCUUCCUUGUAACAUAAUGCCACAAAUUUGAUAUUCAGGUACAGUCAUCCAAAGUCUAUUAUGUGGCUUGCACUAUAGCUUAUGGCAUUGGUCUUCUAGGAACCUUUGCUGUCAGGGCAUUGUUACAGAUAGGCCAGCCAGCUCUACUAUACUUGGUGCCCCGUACACUUAUCACUAGCCUUUUUGUUGCUUUUUGGCACCAGGAGCUCACUUUAUUCUGGACAAGUCAUGGCUUUGAGAAGAACCUACUUUAUCUCCCUUUGGAGAAGGCUCCUGCCAGCUAUCCACAGCUCUCAAAUAAUUCUAUGCACCAACAUCUCAACAAGAGAGAGAGCAAGAAAAGACUGAUCCUAUACUCAUCUCAAAAAGACAACAGAAAUGAACGAUUACAAAGUGAACACAAGUGA